UUCAGAAGCCAACCUACUACUUAAUAUGGGUUUGUGCAAGAUUUCAGUUUUUCUUGCUUGUGUCGUAGGCUUGGCCCUGGUGCUUCCUUCCCAUGCUCAAAACUCAAUUCAAGACUACCUUAAUGCCCACAACACAGCUCGUUCAGCAAUCACUGGUGCAAACAUACCAGCUCUGGUAUGGGACACCACAUUAACCACACAAGUCACAGCCUACAUCAACACGGUGCUUGGUCAAUGCGAUAUCAACGUUGAUCUUUCAGUGAGUGGCUUGAAUGUGAAAGUAGCUCAAAAUGUUCUGACAGGCCUUGAUGCAGUGAACGCCUGGGUUAGUGAGCAGGUUUAUUAUAACUACGCCACCAAUUCUUGUAAUGGAGGAGUAUGCACUCACUACACUCAAGUGAUUUGGAAAAACUCUAUUAGUAUAGGAUGUUUCAGGGCUCAGUGCAUUAAUAAUGUGAAUUUGUGGAUUGUUGGUUGCCAGUAUAGUCCCCCAGGCAACAUCCCUGGACAACUCCCUUACUAAGGGAUACUCCAUCCCCAGUUAAGCUAACAGGAGCAUGGGCUAUUUUCUCUAAUAAAACUAUAUAUCCAUGUACUUCCAAUAACAACAGUGUAAUCCUGGAUGAGCACUGAGCAUUGUCUUGUUGCAGGAAUA